ACAUGGAGUAAAUGUGAAUCAACUCCAGGUUCAUUCUUGAUCAAAAUAUAUGAAGAAUGAGAAAUGAAUUACGUAAGACUAUCGUCUGAAACAGCAACAGGAUCAAAUUUGAGAUAUAUUCUUAUUUUAUUUAUAAUGGAAAUGUUACAGCAACACCACUGGUCUUGAAGAUAAAACAUAAAGUUCUUUGGAUAUGUGUGAUAAGAAAUCUUUACAAGAAGAAAAGCACAAGCCUAGCAGAGGUUCCUCAAAAUACAGGGAAUCUGUAAGAAUUAUGCAAUCAGAUGAUUACUUUGCCAGAAAAUUUAAGGCUUUGAAUGAUAAUAUGGGUCCUCCUAUAUCUCUAAAUACCAGCAACAAAAGUGAAAAUAUUAACUCAGCCAAUGGUACCCCUGCUGUGCCUAAAAUGGGAGUCCGAGCCAGAGUAUCUGAAUGGCCACCUAAGAAAGAGUGUGUCAAGGAACUACCUAAUGCUGCCUGGGAAGAUAGGCCUCAAAGUGAGAGUGGAGGAUUAGUAAAUGGGGAUCAGGAUGAAGGACAGCAAAAGGAGCAGCUUGAUUUGGAAUUUGCAGGAGCCAAGUAUGCUCUAGGAGACAUUUUUAUCCAUUCUCCACAUAGGGGACUUCAUCCUAUAAGGCAACGAAGUAAUAGUGAUGUUACAAUCAGUGACAUUGACACUGAGGAUGUUCUGGACCAGAAUGCUGUGAACCCAAAUACAGGAGCAGCUCUUCAUCGGGAAUACGGAAGUACUUCAUCAAUUGACAGACAAGGCUUGUGUGGAGAGAACUUUUUUGCAAUGCUUCGUGGCUAUACAGUAGAGAAUGUUGAGCAUAAAAUACAUGCACCGUUCGGACUUCCUGAAUUUUUCCACUGUGACUCCACAAUUUCUCCAAGUCUCCAUGCUGCAACUCAGAUUUCAAGAGGAGAAUUUGUCAGAAUUUCUGGACUGGACUAUAUGGAUAGUACCUUGCUUAUUGGUAGAGAUCAGGAAAAAUCUUUCAAAUGGAGAUUAAAAUCAGAAUCAGUAGAAACAUCUCUUUUUAAAAAACUGAGAACUGCUAAAAGUGAACACGAAGCACUAAAAUUCGUAUCUGAAUUAGAGGAUAGUAGAUUUGAGAGGAAUGUUCAUCCUUGGAAUUGUCAAAAGUGCUUUGCACACUAUGAUGUUCAGAGUAUUCUGUUUAACAUAAAUGAAGCAAUGGCUACUAAAAUUAAUGUGGGCAAAAGAAAGAAUAUAACCACCGGGGCAUCAGCUGCAUCACAAACUUCAAUGGCAGCAAGUCAGAUUGGGAGCUGUGAAUCUCCUUUGGGAAGUAAAGAGGACCUAAAUUCAAAGGAAAAUUUAGAUGCCGAUGAAGGUGAUGGGAAGAGUAAUGAUUUAGUACUGAAUUGUCCUUAUUUCAGGAAUGAAACUGGUGGGGAAGGUGAUAGGAGGAUCGCACUCUCUAGAGCCAAUUCAGCAUCUUUUUCUUCAGGAGACAAUUGCUCUUUUGAAUCUUCCCUAAGUUCACAUUGCACCAAUGCCGGUGUUUCUGUCUUAGAAGUACCACGGGAAAAUCAACCAAUCCACAGAGAGAAAGUAAAGCGUUAUGUCAUAGAGCACAUUGACCUCGGUGCCUAUUAUUACAGGAAGUUCUUCUAUGGAAAAGAACAUCAAAACUACUUUGGAAUAGAUGAACAUUUAGGACCUGUAGCAGUUAGCAUCCGAAGGGAGAAGUUUGAAGAAGGAAAAGAAAAAGACGGUUCACAAUUCAACCAUCGUAUAGUGUUCAGAACAAGUGAGCUUACAACACUGCGAGGAGCCAUUUUAGAAGAUGCCAUUCCCUCUACUGCUAGACACGGCACAGCACGAGGCUUACCUCUUAAGGAAGUACUGGGAUAUGUAAUACCAGAACUGAAUAUUCAGUGCCUGAGACAAGCUUCCAACUCACCCAAAGUGCCUGAACAGCUGCUUAAGCUGGAUGAACAAGGGCUAAGUUUUCAGCACAAGAUUGGAAUCUUAUAUUGCAAAGCAGGCCAGAGCACUGAGGAAGAGAUGUAUAACAAUGAGACAGCAGGUCCUGUUUUUGAAGAAUUCCUUGACCUUCUAGGUCAAAGAGUACGACUCAAAGGUUUCAGUAAAUACCGAGCACAAUUAGAUAACAAAACUGAUUCAACCGGAACCCAUUCUCUUUAUACAACAUAUAAAGAUUAUGAAAUAAUGUUUCAUGUUUCAACUAUGCUUCCAUAUAUGCCCAGUAAUAGGCAACAGCUUCUAAGGAAAAGGCAUAUAGGAAAUGACAUUGUUACUAUUGUCUUUCAAGAGCCCGGAGCACUUCCUUUUACUCCAAAAAAUAUCCGUUCUCAUUUUCAGCAUGUCUUUGUCAUUGUCAAAGUCCAUAAUCCAUGCACUGAAAAAGUGUGUUAUAGUGUUGGAGUUUCAAGAUCAAAAGAUGUUCCACCUUUUGGACCACCAAUUCCUAAAGGAGUAACUUUCCCUAAGUCAGCAGUUUUCCGGGACUUCCUUUUGGCCAAAGUUAUUAAUGCAGAAAAUGCAGCCCAUAAAUCAGAAAAAUUUCGAGCCAUGGCAACCAGAACACGUCAAGAGUACUUGAAAGAUCUAGCAGAAAAUUUUGUUACUACUGCUACAAUAGAAACUUCGGUCAAGUUUAGCCUCAUUUCACUAGGUGCAAAAAAGAGAGAAAGAGUUAAGGCAAGAAAGGAUGCUCAUUUAUUCAGUGUUGGAGCAGUAAUAUGGAAUGUGAUAGCACGAGACUUUGGACAGUCUCUUGAUAUUGAAUGCCUGCUUGGUAUCUCAAAUGAGUUUAUCGUCUUGAUUGAAAAGGAGUCAAAAAAUGUUGUGUUCAACUGCUCCUGCAGAGAUGUUAUUGGCUGGACUUCUGGGUUAAUGAGCAUAAAAAUCUUUUACGAAAGAGGAGAAUGCAUUCUUCUGUCUGCAUUUGAUAACUGUGCCGAUGACAUCCGAGAAAUAGUUCAAAGGCUAGAAAUAGUAACCAGAGGAUGCGAAACAGCAGAAAUGACCUUAAGAAGAAACGGCCUGGGACAGCUUGGAUUCCAUGUCAACUUUGAAGGGAUUGUGGCUGAUGUUGAACCUUUUGGUUUUGCGUGGAAAGCAGGCCUACGUCAGGGCAGUCGCCUAGUAGAGAUUUGCAAAGUAGCUGUAGCAACACUUACUCAUGAACAAAUGAUUGACCUAUUACGCACAUCUGUGACCGUCAAAGUGGUGAUUAUUCAGCCUCAUGAAGAUGGUUCACCUAGAAGGGGAUGCUCAGAACUCUGUCGAAUUCCCAUGGUGGAGUACAAACUUGACAGCGAAGGCACCCCAUGUGAGUAUAAAACUCCUUUCAGGAGGAACACUACUUGGCAUAGGGUGCCAAUCUCUGCUGGGCAGCCUCUCUCUCGUGCCUCUCCAAUCUUAGGAACAUCUGACAGACUGCAGUGCCAACAGCUUCUUCAUCAGGCACAAACUGCUAUUCCUCGCAGCACCUCUUUUGACAGAAAGCUCCCUGAUGGCGCAAGAAGUUCUCCAAGCAACCAAUCAUCCUCCAGUGAUCCAGGACCAAGCGGGAGUAGUCAGUGGAGGCAUCAAGUAGGAUAUGAUGGAUGCCAGUCCCCUUUACUUCAUGACCAUCAAGGUCUCUUGGAGAGCGAAGAAGGCAGAGAACAUGAAGAAUCUUUGGAAGGGUCCAGACAUCCUAACGAAAUGAAGUGGCAUGCACCAUCAACCAAGGUUUUGAGUUCCUAUAAAGACCGGGCAUUACAGAAAGAAAACAAUGGGAAGGAAUCACCAAAUAAAUUUUCUCAUAUUGGAGACAAAAACUGUUCCAGCCAUUCUAGCAGUAAUACUCUAUCCAGCAACACAUCAAGCAACAGUGAUGAUAAGCACUUUGGUUCUGAAGACCUGAUGGAUUCCGACUUGCUUGGAUUAACGUAUAUUAAGGGAGCUUCUACUGACAGUGGAAUUGAUACUGCUCCUUGUAUGCCAGCUCCAAUGUUGGCUCCAUUGCACAUUUCUGGAAGUCGGUCGGGGCUUCAUGGACGGACAGAUCAAUGGGCUGAAUCAUCCGAAACUCCAGGAGCAGAUGAUGAGAUGAAAGUGUACGCUGUUCACAGCUAUGCUUCAGCCAUUUCUAGCAGUCACAUAGGUGAUGGCAGCAUGGGAGACCUCAGUGAAUUAUCUUCACAUUCUAGCGGGUCACAUCAUUCUGGAAGUCCUUCAACACAUGGUCCUAAAAGCAUUGGAUCAUUAGAUACCUCCAAAGUAUAUAUAGUCUCACAAAAUUGUGCUCAGCCGAUCUCUGGAUCCAUGGCAAAAUGUUACCCCCGACAAGGAGCAAUAAACAAAUACGUUAUUGGCUGGAAAAAGUCAGAAGAUAGCCCCACACUCGAGGAAUCUGAAAUUUCUGAAUGUCAAGAGUUGUAUAAUUAUGUUGAUGGCCUUUCUUCAAGUCAGCUUCAAGCUUCUGUCAGGAGUAUAGUUUCUGAAGGCCAGCAAGCUCUCUCAAAAGAAGAAUUUCUGAAGUUGAUGAUGCAGAAUAACAUCUCUGCAGAGGAUGGAAGAAGAAAGUUUUCAUUUUAUGGCAACCUAUCUCCAAGGAGGAUACUGUACCGUACUCUUUCUGAUGAGAGCAUAUGUAGCAAUCGGAGAGGAUCUUCCUACGCUAGCUCACGGAGUUCAAUGCUAGACCAAGCAUUGCCAAAUGAUAUUUUGUUUAGCACUACGCCACCUUAUCACAGCACCUUACCUUCUAGAACAAGUUUAAACAAUGGUAUUGGAAAUCUGCGAAAUGAACUGUGGUUCUCAGAUGGAUCUUUAUCUGACAAAUCAAGAUUCAAUGAUCCUGGCUUAAUGCCCCUUCCAGAUACAGCAACAGGAUUAGACUGGUCUCAUUUAGUUGAUGCUGCACAAGCAUUUGAAGAUCAAAGGGUGGCAUCUUUUUGUACCCUGAAUGACAUGCAGCAUAUGCAGACUUUGGAGAAUAACCAAGCCUUGGGCUCAAGUCCAACAAAUGGAAAAGACUUCGUUGAUGCUAAUGGAGAGGAUAGUCCUGCUACUUUGACUGGCAAAGUAAACCAGCUAGAAGUGAUCCUCCGACAAUUGCAAACUGAUCUUCGAAAGGAAAAGCAAGACAAGGUUGUUCUCCAAGCUGAAGUCCAGCAUUUGAGGCAAGAUAACCUAAGACUUCAAGAAGAAUCACAAACAGCAGCUGCUCAGCUAAGAAAAUUUACAGAGUGGUUUUUCAAUACAGUAGACAAAAAAUGCUAAUAUCUGAAUUUUGAAAAAGCGCUAUUGAAAAACUUCAUAAUUUUGAAUUUGCCUAAUAUUAUUUUAAUCAGCCUUCAAUCUUUUAGACAUUUUCUGCUAUAAUCUCCACCCAGGCCAUUUGAACAAAGCUACAAACUAUGAGAAAGUCUUUAUAUCCAGUUGAAGAAGAGAAUGAAUGACAUGCGUUUGCUUUCAUGAAAAUGAAUGUACAUUCCUGGUGUCAUUUUAGACAUUUUAGAAUAAAUUUCUGGUUUGAGCAUGCCUGGAAGAGAAUAAUAAUUUGGGAUUCAUGGUCACUCCUUCAAGGUGCUCCAGUGAAGUUGUUUAAGCAAUUUAUGGUAACUUGGGUUUCAGCAUUGUAAGAUAAAAAAAAAGUAGCCGUAUACUUUCAUGUUUAAAGGUGCUCUAUUUUUUUGUAUGUACAGUAGAUAUUUCCACAGUCACAUUGUCAUAGCAAUAAGAAUGGACGUAGAAUUAAAUAGUCACAAAGCUGUGUUUAUUAAUAAAAAUAGCACUGAUAAGUUUAAGAGUAGUUUGGAUGCAGAUAUACAAGAAAAUAUUUAUUUGCAGAAAAAAAUGGUGCCUGAAUUUAAACUGUGUUCCAAUUUUUCUAAAGAUACACAUGCUUUGUAUAAUGGCUCAUUUGAUCAAUUCACUGUCAGUGACUUUAUAUAAUUCAUAUUCAGCAAAGAUGGUUAUAGAGAGCCUAAUAAUAAUAAUCCUACGUGAUGUGAACCAGCCAAUCAUUUGUAUAAUGCCAGAUUUGUUUAUCUUUGUACAGAAGCUUUGAGCAUGUGACUUGUAUUUAACAUCUUUAUUUAAGCUUAUUUAACCUCUUUAAUUUUAUAAAGCUUUUGUUUUACCUGCACUAUGGUGAGGAGGGGGUUGCAAGCUACAAUGUGUGUUUAGCUUGCCAACAUGGCACUGCAGAGUUCUAGAAGAGUCUAACAAUUGAAUGCUGCUAGUACACAACUUGUGUUUGUAUGCUUUAACAUUUAACUGAUUUGUUUGAAAUGAAUAUACUUUGCUUUUUUUUAAAAAAAAUAAAUGUU